CUUUAGAUCCAUAUGAUAUGAGUUGUGACAAAGUCAAAUUCUAGUGAAAAGUUGUGAACAACUCCCACAUAUGUGCAAAUGUUAAAUAUCCCAGUAAAUAGAAAUUCAUAAUUGCAAAUUAUAACCUUUCCUUCAAUGAGAAUUCCUACUGCUAGCUAUUAAUGGAAGAAAAAUUACAUUACAAUUGAAAAAUCAAGACGAUUAUUAUUUUAAAAUGGCUGGGAAAGUGAAAAUUUUGAUGCUACUACUAAUGAAAAAUUUUCUAGUCAGGAAAAAACACUGGUUCCAAUCUUUAUUCAUUCAAGUGUUAGUUCCAAUUGGAUUAUUUUUAAUCGGACAAUCUAUUAGAAUGAUGACUGAUAGUACUCCUGAACGUAUUCUUCAUAAUACAACUCAUGAAGCUGAGCCUAUCGAAAAAUUGAUACACGAUUUUUUUCGACGAGAUGUGAUCAUCAGGUAUACACCAAAUAAUGAACAUACUCAAAAGCUCAUGGAAAGUGUAAGGAUGUGUGUAAAACUCACCUAUAAUCAGGUUAAUGGGUCAGCAACAGAGGAUACAAUGAUUGCUGAACUUCAGCGAGAUCAAUCCAUUUCAAAAUCAGAUUCUAUUGGGAUUGUAUUUUACAGAGUCAAUGAAUCACUUCCAAAAUCAUUUAAAUACAAGAUUCGAGUAUUCGAAUCAAUACCAAAUGAAUUAUAUGAUUCUGAAGAAAACGGAAAUGGUGCCAUUCAUUUGCGUAUGGAUCCUUUUUUGCCUAUUCAGGCAUGUAUUGAUCGAUCCUACAUAAAUUUAAUUAACCCGGUUCCACCAUAUAAAACUCAGGUUUCAAUCCAACAAAUGCCGUAUCCGCCUUACAUUCAAGUAAAUCAAAUGGCUGUUAUGAGUGUAGAUAUGUUUGCAGAAUUAGCUAGGAUAACAUUCCUCUUAAUUUUAUGUAUAGAAAUUUCAUUUCCAGCUAAUGAAAAAGCUAUCGGAAUCAAUAUUCUCAUGUCAGUAAAUGGAGUGAAGAAUCAAUUUAAUUUAUUUAGCUGGCUAGUGAGUGCAUUAUUGUAUAGUACAGCUUAUUUACUUCCAAUAAUAGUAAUGUUGAAACAUUCUUUACUACUAUCAGUCACUCCAUAUUUACUGCAUGGAAAUGCAUUUCUGGUAUGGAUGACAUUAUUUAUUCAUCUUUGUCAAGUUGUUUGUUUUGGAUACCAUAUUUCAUCAUAUUUUCAGAAACCUAUUCAUGCAUUGAUCGUAACUUUCAUGGCUAUGACGUUAAUGCACAUAAUUGCCAGUUUUGUAACAGGAUAUGCAGCAGAAAGAUUUCUACUAUAUUUGGGAAUUAUUUUUCCAAACUUUAUUUUAAAAAGAAUAUUCAAAGAAAUUUCCUCAUAUGAAACAAAAUUAAUUGGUGUCAAAUGGUCAAAUUUAUUUACUUCUGGAAUCACUGGAGCACCUCCUGAAUCCAGUGUGGGUGUGAUGAUUGUCUUCUCACUUUUAGGUGCCUUAUUCCACUUUUUAAUGACAAUAUACAUAUAUAAUGUUCGACCAGGAAAAUAUGGAAUUCGUAAAAAUCCAUUUUACUGUUUUCAGAUGAAAAAAUGGAAUAAAGUGAAUGGUGAUAUAGAUGUAAAUUUUGAAAGCCAUCAAUCUGAUAGAAAAGAAUUUGAAACUAUAUUAUCAGGCAGUCUUCAAUCGGGUAUUCGAAUAAGAAAUCUUAAGAAAGUUUAUACUACCGAUUUACUUGGAAAAUCCACAGUUUAUGCUUUACGAGGUGUUUCUAUAGAAUUUUACAAAAGUCAAAUAACUGCAUUAUUAGGCCACAAUGGAGCAGGAAAAACUACCAUGAUGUCAAUUUUAUCUGGACUAACAGAUGCUUCUGAAGGUUUGGUAGUUAUUAAUGGAAAAAAUAUUCAAACCAAUCCAGAGGCAAUUAGAAAAAAUAUUGGUUUAUGUCCUCAAGAAAAUAUCGUUUUCCCUGAUUUAACUGUCUAUCAGCAGCUAAUUUUCUUCGGAACAUUGAAAGGAAAUAAUAAAACUAAGAAACAGCUUGAACAAGAAGUGAAUGUUCUAUUAUCAAAAGUUAAUUUGUCUGAUAAAAAGUAUUCUUAUCCUCAGGAGCUUUCUGGAGGUCAAAAAAGAAGAUUAUGCUUGGCAAUAGCUGUGAUUGGUGAUGCCAAUGUAUUAAUUCUUGACGAACCAACAUCUGGAAUGGAUGCAGAAAGUAAAAGGGAAGUAUGGGAUAUUGUUCUUAAAUUACGAGGAGAAAAGACCAUUAUUAUAAGCACUCAUGACAUGGAAGAAGCCGAUAUUUUAGGCGAUCGAAUAGCCAUUAUGCAUACUGGUAAAUUAAAAUGUUGCGGAAGCUCGAUGUUUUUGAAAAAAUUGUACGGCAAUGGACAAGUUGAGGUAACUUUAUCAAUAGAACCUUGGUGUGAUAUAUCCCAAGUUUCAAGAGAAAUGGGGAUUUCAGUCGAAACUCUGAGCAAAGAUGAAGGAAAAGUAGUUCUUGCUGUUCCACGUGUUGAGUCCUUACCUAAAGCUCUAGACAAGCUGGAAUAUGCCAAGAAACAAUUAGGUGUAACUGGCAUUAGUGUAUCGAUGAUUACAUUAGAACAAGUCUUCUUGAAGGUAACAAGAGAUGAAGGAGAUGAAGUGGAUUCAAGAGAAUCAACGAUGAUAUAUAAAAAAGUCAAAGGUUUACGAUAUUACAUACAAACAUUUAUAGCAUUCUUUAUCAAGAAAGGUAUUUUUAUGCGUAAAAAUCCUUGGACUUCUUUAAUUAGUCUGGCCGUACCCUGCUUAUCGUUUAUAAUAUUGGUGUUAGAGUAUGGAAUAUCAUCUGGACAAUCUCAACCAGUUCCUUUAACUUUGAAAGCAUAUUCGUAUCCAGAAGCAUUAAUAUAUUCUGAAAUUCCAGAAUUCGGUAUACAGUACAAAAAGUCUGUCGAACGAUUUGGAGGGAGUGGAAAAAUAAUUUCACUGAAUACAUCUCUUACUGAUGCUUUACUUACGUAUGCCAUGAAGAAUCUUGGAAAUUAUCGAAAUAAAAUGAUAGUCUCCGUUGAAUUUAAUCGCACUGGAGAUGAAGUAUAUGCAAAUGGUUUGUAUUCAGGAACUGCGUUGCUUAGCAUUCCAAUAACCAUCAAUUGUAUUUCCAAUGCAAUAAUAAAAACACUCGCCGAUGAUACAUAUUCAAUCGAAGCCUCUAUUCAGUCACUUCCUGAUGUUGACAAUAUGAAAAGAAAUCCGAUGGCUGGGUACGACAUAACGCUAUCAAUGUUAAUAUUUUUAGUACCUGCUGUGGCAAUGUAUGUUACUCAACCUUUAGUAGAAAUUAUGAGUGGAGUUAAACAGCUACAAUUCAUGACAGGAGCACCAAAAUUGAUGUAUUGGGCAGCAACAUUUUGUUUUGAUUUUCUUCAAUAUAUUAUAUCUGUAAUAAUGCUCUUAAUUAUGUUUGUGAUAGUCGAUGCAAUUUUAGGAACUUAUCUUUAUUAUUUCUAUGAAACAUCACUUUUUACUGCUCUUCUUGCAUUGUUCGGCAUCAGCGUUUUACCUUUUGUCUAUCUUAUGAGUUUCAUGAAGAAAAAGUUAAGCACAACAAUUAAUAUUUUAACUAUUACUCCGAUACUAUUGAGUGUUGUGGAGGUAAUUUUAUUUGCAGUUUCUAUGCAAAUAGAAAAUUCAAUAUUUGAAACGUUUCGCAAAAUUCAAAGUAAAGUGUUUUUAUUCAUACCCCAUGUAAGUUUUUUGUACGGUCAUAUUGCCUUUUACGGGGUGUUGUAUGAGAAUGCUCGCUGUCGUCGCAUGCCAAACCGACUCCAAGAUGCACUUUGUAUUAGUAAUGAUAUAUGCUGUGCAUUAGAUUGUUCUGAUGGAGUAUGCAAAAAUCCUCUAUCAUAUUUUAUCUCAAAUGGUUAUGCUCCAGGUCUCAAAGAUAGUAUGAUCUAUUUGACGGCAUCAUCGAUUAUUUUCUUUAUAAUUAUUUUUAUACUAGAAGAAAGAAUAUUUACAAAAAUAUUAUUAACAAUUAAAGGAAAAAACACACCAAUUGAUACCACAGGAAUGGAUGAAUUAGUAUUAAAAGAAAAAAAAAUUGUAGAUGAAGAAAUUUUAAGACUAGCGAAAAACCACAAUAAUUUAAAACUUGAAAGUGAAAAUAUACUUCUUGUUCAAGGACUUAAAAAGAGUUAUGGAAGCUUCGAGGCUGUACGAGGCAUUACUUUCAGAGUAAAAGAAGGGGAAUGCUUUGGUCUAUUAGGGGUGAAUGGAGCAGGAAAAAGUACGUCAUUUAAGAUGUUGACAGGUGCUUCAUUGCCUAACAGUGGAACCAUGUAUUUGAAACAAUUUAAUAUCGAAAAAGAUCGCGUCAAGUACCUUACAGAAAUGGGAUACUGCCCGCAACAGGACGCAAUCAUCGAUACGCUAAACUCGUGGGAUCAUUUACAUUUAUUUGCAAGACUGCGUGGAAUUCCUGAGGCCCAAGUAUAUACUACCGUCAAAAGGUGGAUCACAAAACUCAAUCUCACGGUCUGUGCGGCUCAGCCCAGUGGCACAUAUAGCGGUGGCAAUAAACGACGAUUAAACAUUGCGUUAGCACUAAUAGGAAAUCCCUCGCUUGUUUUAAUGGACGAGCCAACCACAGGCGUGGAUCCAGCAGCUCGAAGAUCAUUAUGGAAUACGUUGAAAACGUGUCAGGACGCCGGGCAAUCGAUUAUACUGACAUCGCACAGCAUGGAAGAGUGCGAAGUCCUUUGUAACCGAUUAGUAAUUAUGGUGAGAGGUCAGCUAGUGUGUGUUGGUGCAAGCCAAGAAUUGAAGCAACGCUUCGGUACUGGUUACAAUAUUCACAUCAAGUUGAAGCAAGACCAUCGCAAUUCAGAUAUUUCUCAGAUUAAAAUCCGAAUUGAAUCCGCAUUGACUUGUAAGUUAAUCGAUGAAAACAGUGGGUUCAUUGGAUACCACAUAACUGAUGCUAAAACAACGUGGACCAAGAUGUAUUCAAUUAUGGAUGAAUUGAAGAAUAAUUACGAUUGCAUUGAAGAUUUCGCUGUAUUAUCAUCCACACUAGAACAAUUAUUCAUUCAAUUUGCUCGAGCGCCCAGUGAGGAUGAGCCGGAUGUUGUAAAAAAGAAGUGCUGCUGGUAAGUAUAAUAAUGUAAAUUUAAUAAUUAUACGCUUGAAAAGUCAAUUAUGCUAAAAUUUAUAAUAUUGGAUAUUGAUACAUUAAUAUUUAAUAUUCAUUUUUUACCAUUGUGUACGACUUCAGGUACCUCUUAUGUACAUACAUUGAAUUGUAAUUAAUUUGUUAAAAUUUUUUUUAUAAAUUUAUUCAAGUAUUUUAUGCAUUAAUUAUAAUCUAACAUUAGAUUAUAGUUUCGUAUGAUUAUUACAUGUACGUAUGCAAACAUUUUCUUGAUGGGUUCAUUAUCGGACUCAAUGUUUAUAUUAAACUACCCGUCCUAAAAUUAUAUAUGUAUUACAGCAAAUAGAAUUUUUUCAAUUGUUACUAAAAGCAACAAUAAAAAAGCAAUUUGUUUUAACUUGUAUUAUUUAAAUCGAGCUAAAAGUUAUAAGUGAGAAUCAUUUAUGAACUAAUAUCUAAAAAGAUUUGUCUAAAUUAGAAAUUGUUUUAUAAUCUUAAACAGAUAGUCAAACUUAAUAUUUCAAUGCCAAAAAAAAGUGAUAUUUUCAUGCUUGUAUUUGGAAUUAUAUAAAAAAA